AUUGAAAGUAGUGCUCAACAAGAGUUUCUUGAUUGCAUUUAUAGCCAUACUUCAGACAAAAAUAUAAAAAAACAUAUACAUUUUCCAAAAUCACCAACAUAUUCAUCUCUUUUAGAAUAUGGUCAGAAAAACCCAAGGUGGCUAAAUUCUUCAUCUUCACAUCCGAUUUUCAUAAUAGCCCCGAAAAAUGAAUCGGAAAUCGGGGCUAUUAUAUUUUGUAGCCAAAAAUUUGGCAUACAAAUUAGAGUGAAAAGUGGUGGCCAUGACUAUGAAGGCCUAUCUUUUCGCUCUGAAAUAGGGGAGCGAUUCGUUAUCGUGGAUUUAUUCAACCUAGAUGACAUUUUUAUUGACAAAAACGACGAAACGGCCUGGAUUCAAACAGGGGUGACAAUGGGGCAACUUUAUUAUGAAAUCGCGAAAAAAGGCGAAAAUCUUGCAUUUCCAGGGGGAUUGUACCCAAGUGUUGGGAGUGGUGGGAUAAUUAGUGGUGGUGGAAUUGGUACUUUGAUGAGGAAAUUUGGUCUAGCAGCAGAUAAUGUCCUUGAUGCACGUGUAAUGAACGUAAAUGGAGAAAUUCUUGAUAGAGAAUCGAUGGGAGAAGACUUGUUUUGGGCUAUAAGAGGAGGUGGAGGAUCGAGUUUUUGUGUUAUUUUAGCUUGGAAAGUUAAAUUAGUACGCAUACCAUCAAAGCUUACUACUUUCACAAUACGUCGAAAAUUACAUGGAGAGACUAUAAAUUUACUCCAGAGAUGGCAAAACGUGUCACAUAAAUUGCCUUGUGAUUUGUUCAUGAGAGUCUUGAUUCAAAAUAUGGGAAUUGGAAGCAAAAAAAUAGUACAAGUUUCAUUUCAAGGAUUGUUUGUUGGUAGAGUGAGUGAAUUAAUCCCAUUGUUGAAUGAAACUUUCCCUGAAUUCGAGCUAGUGUCAAAAGAUUGCUUUCAAGAUCCAAUAGUGAAUUGCUUGAUAGAAUUGUCCUGUAUAAAAAAAGAAUGCUUUGAAGUCCCUUGGAUUCACACAACGUUGUAUUUUGCAUCCAAGAGGACAAACGAUUCGAUUGAAUUUUUGGUGAACACGACCAUGCCAAAAAUAAAGAAUUACUAUAAGGCAACGUCUGAUUUUGUGAAGAGUCCAUUGCCAAAAGAGGUAUGGGGGAUGAUUAGAACAAUGUUUCGCGAUGAAGAAAGGCCUAUGAUGAUAUUUGAUCCAUUAGGUGGAAGAAUGGAUGAAAUUUCGAAAUUCCAAAUUCCAUUUCCUCAUAGGAAGGGAAAUUUGUUCAACAUUCAAUAUAUGGUGAAUUGGGAUGAUAAUAGUGAAAAUAUAUCUAGCAAGAAGAUUCAAUGGCUAAGGGAACUUUAUGAGAAAAUGAAGCCAUUUGUGUCACAUUCUCCAAGAAGGGGUUAUCUCAAUUAUAGGGAUCUUGAUUUUGGGGAAAAUGAUGGUGAAUAUAGAUAUUCAAAUUCUAGAGUUUGGGGUGAAAAAUAUUUUGGUGGUAAUUUUGUGAGGUUAGCAAAGGUGAAAAGCAAAGUGGAUCCUGGUAAUUUUUUCAGGUUUGAACAAAGUAUUCCACCUUUUAGUGUGUCAACUUAAGAGGAAGGUAAAUGAAUUUCGAAUUUCGAAUUUCUUCACGCAAUGGGGAGAUCGAUUUCAUGGGACAUUACAAAUGUUCAUUUUCUGGAGAUCGAUAAAUAAAACACAAAAUAUUUUUGCAAGACCAUGAAUGGCAACUUAUCGUUUCCUCGUUGCACCUUCUUCUUCUUGAUGUUAUUUUUUUUGUUUGAGAAUAACAAGAUU